AUGGCUGAUGCUUCCGUCGCUCUCUUGGACGUCCCCCUUGCCAUCGGCAACUCCAACAUCCAUGAUCCAGCGGAGGAAGGAUCUAGCAUGCUCGACGCCGCGGCCAUGCCGCCGCUAUAUCCAUUGCUUGGAAAGGAGCGGCAUUUUGAUGUAGGAAUGAUUAUAAAAACGGCUACACAAGAUUUCUCAAAUAAUAUUGGAGAUGGAGGAUAUAGCAUUGUCUACAAGGGGCAGCUACCCGAUGGUACAGUGAUUGCUGCAAAAUGUUUCAAAGAGUCUCGUCUUACUGAUAAAGGCAGGGGAGAUUUCUUAAGAGAAGUGAAAGUGAUGUCAACGCGCACACAUGUCAAUCUUGCGAAGCUCCUCUAUUAUUGCCAGGAAGGAGUUAAAUGGAUACUAGUCUACGAGUGGAUGGAGAACUCAAGUUUGGAUCGCCAUAUGUUUGGUACUCAAGAAAACAGGUCCCACUCCUCACUGAAUUGGGCGCAAAAGCUGGAAAUAAUUCGUGGGGUCGCUGUAGGUGUUGAAUUCCUUCACAGCAAGCAAGUCAUUCACAGGGAUCUAAAACCUGGCAAUAUACUUUUGGAUGGUUCGUGGAAUCCCAAAGUAGCCGACUUUGCCACUGCCAAGCUGUUCAUCGACGAGCAGACGGAUCCAACAUUAGUACUUACACCGGGAUAUGUCGCUCCAGAGUAUAUAGGGGAAGGGGCCCUGACAUACAAGUGUGAUGUAUAUAGCUUCGGAGUCGUCUUGCUGCAGAUCGUAAGUGGCAAAAGGAGAGCAGACACGCCAAGGUUCCUUCUACCUACCUAUCAAUUGUGGAAGGAAGGUAAGAGCUGGGAGCUUCUUGCUCAGGAAGUGGCUGAACCUAGAGCUAGAGGCGAGGUCUUAUUCUGGCUAGCCAGAUGCAUCCAGAUUGGUCUUCUCUGCGUGCAGCAUUCUCCCGGGGACAGGCCUGACAUGUCUGAAGUUGUGACAAUGCUAACCAACACCAGCUCACAGGUCGAUACGCCACUGGAACCAACACCGAACAGUGGAGCAGUACCCGGCGCACAACCUGGACCGAGCCGGACCUUUGUACCAUGGCUAUUUUGUUCCUGUGGACGCGACUCCGCGAGCCCAGGCACGGAAGCUACGGUGUAG